AUGGUUGAUAAAGAGAACCCUUACAGUGGUGAAUAUAUUGGACAGCGACUGAGAGAAAAUGGUUAUGAUCCAAAGGGGAAAAGCCCUGCUACAAUGUUAGAUGAUCUGGCUAAUUAUGAUUUGGCUAUAAGUGUGGCUUUGUGGUGGCUCAAUAAAAAUGAUGGGAAGAAUGCAGCUGAGAAUGAUGUAGGAAUUAGCAGUUUAAGAUGUAUUAGCCAGUACCCUAAUCUCCUGGAAACAGAAGCAAUGAUUCUUCCUUCAUAUGCUGGAAUGCUUCUGAACAGCUUAUCCAUAGAAGACAUUCUGUCUCUGUACAAUUGCAAACCAGUGGUAUCAUACCCUCAUAGCUAA